AUGACUAGAAUCAAGCUCCUCGCAAACCCACACUACCAAAAGUCCGGCACGAAGUCAUACUUGUAUGCCAUGCGCAAGUAUCGCUUCACACCGACCAAGGACGGUCCGUAUUUCCUCGGCACGAGAAUGGUACAAACAGGACGACAGUUCACCAAUAAGCCCGUGGGAGGCCGAGCUCGGUUGCAGCAGGUGUUACAGAAAAAGGACGCUGUUAGCGAUGAGGUCGGACAAGUGGGUGCCCACGACGUGCAGAAUGACUCGAUGUAUCUUGCCGAAAUUGGCAUUGGCACGCCUGCACAGACGCUCAGUUUGGACUUCGAUACUGGAUCUGCGGAUCUGUGGGUCUGGUCCACGGAGCUAUCGUCUAAGAUUCUGGCGGCGAACAAGAACCACACAGUCUUCGAUCCGAGCAAAUCGAGCACAUUCAAAGAAAAAGACGACUCGACGUGGCAGAUUAAGUACGGCGAUGGCUCUUUUGCCUCUGGCACGGUCGGCAACGAUAAUGUCAAUAUCGGCGGUCUAGUCGUCAAAGGCCAAGCUGUUGAGAUCGCUGAUAUCUUGUCCGAGCAAUUCGCGCAAGGUGCUGGGGAUGGACUGCUGGGACUUGCGUUCAGUAAUAUCAAUACCGUCAAGCCCGAGGCUGUAAGCACGCCUGUGGAGAAUAUGAUCUCGCAGGCUGACAUCCCGCAGUCGGCUGAGCUCUUCACGGCGAAGUUGGGGUCCUGGAGAGACACUGAUGAGCCGGAUAAGGGCGAGUCGUUCUAUACGUUUGGUUACAUUGAUCAGGACACGGUGAAGGCCGCUGAGGCUGAGAUCUACUACACGCCUGUUGAUAACAGUCAGGGGUUUUGGAUGUUCGAUUCUGCCUCGGCGACGGUGAAUGGAAAGUCGGUUGCUAGGGCUGGAAACAGGGCUAUUGCUGAUACGGGGACUACUUUGGCGCUGGUGGAUGAUGAAACUUGUCAGGCCAUUUAUGAUGCUAUCCCGGGGCAAAGUAUGAUAAUGCCAGCCAGGGAUGGAUCUUUCCAUCCAAUACACCGGCUGAUAAGUUGCCUGUUGUAUCUUUUGCUGUUGUUUGUUGUGCAGAAGGAAGAUCUUGGAUUUGCUGAGGCUGGGUCUGGUUAUGUCUAUGGAGGUAUCCAAAGUCGUGGUACUAUGACUAUGGAUAUUCUAGGUGAUACCUUCCUGAAGGCUAUCUAUGCAGUCUUCGAUGUGGGCAAUCUUCGCUUUGGUGCUGUGCAGCGAAAGGAGCUUCAUCAGAAUCUCUCUGUGCCUUCUGAGUCCGGCUAG